AUGUUUCUAGCCACUACCUACUGUACUUUCACUAAGUUGUUACUACCAAAAUCAUGGGUCUUCAAAAUGUAGAAAGUGAAGAUAUGAGGUUGGUUUUGUCAAGAGAUGCCAAACCUAGGCUGAAAUGGACACCAUUACUCCACCAACGAUUCGUCGAUUCAGUCACUCAGCUUGGAGGUGCAGACAAGGCCACACCAAAAUCUUUGAAGAGUGUAAUGAACAUUCACGGGCUUACUUUGUAUCACCUCAAGAGCCAUUUGCAGAAAUAUCGACUGGCGAAAAGUCAACUAGCCCAAUCCGACCACAAAAACAGACAAGAGAACAACUUGGAGUCUGCAAUAGCACAUAACAGACCAAAAGAAGAUGAAAAUUCAAGGAAUUACUUUGGUGCAGCGCUUAGACAAAAGCAGAGUAGGGAUAUUCGUGAUGCAGCACAAAUUCAGAUGAAUGACUUGCAAAUAGCUCGCGCUUUAAAAGUGCAAAUGGAGGUGCAGAGGAAACUUCAUGAACAAAUUGAGGUACAAAGACAUUUACAACUGAGAAUUGAAGCUCAAGGAAAGUAUUUGCAAUUAGUUUUGAUGAAAGCACAGGAAACAGUUGCAAGAUAUGCUUCUUCUGAUGAACUUGCCAAAGCUGAACUCUCUCAAUUCGUUUCGAUGGUUAACAAAUGUUGUCCAAGUUCUUCAAUGUCAGCAGUAACUAAAAUCGAUGGCUCAAUCUCAAAAGAUAGAGACAGAAGAAAUUCUCCAAGUUCUUCAUUAUCAACAUUAACUAAAAUUGAUGAUUCAAUCACAAAAGAGGUAGGCACAUUAAUGAAGAGAAAUUCCAGUAUUCUGUCAUUGAAUCCAGGGGAUGGGAGUGGCUCGAACGCUGAAGCAAAAAUAAGCAAGAAGAGCAGAACCAAUAUUUGCAAUGAGAAUUGGAUUGAAGAACCAUCUGGGAAAAUACGUGACACUCAGAGAACUAAUGAGCAAUUCGUCGAGACAUUUGAUUUGAAUAGCCAGUGUAUCAAUGACUUUGAUACUGGUCCAGAAGUAAUAGACUUUAUUGGCAGAUGCUUCUAAAGCUUAUGAUUUGCCAUAAAAUUACUGAUAUAUACUACAACUAGUAUGUUUGUUUAUAGAAAUAUUUCUAUGUAUAUUAUUGUUGUGUAUGAAACUGAAAAAACUUCUAUAGUAUAUCC